AUGAGCUCCAAUAGCAACACAAGACGGGCUGAAAAACGGCAAGCCUGCCGGGAGGCACUGGCAAACCAUAUUUAUCGUCAGCUCGGUCUCACCAUUCCACCCGAUCGCGUACGUCUUCAACCUUCGGCGGAUGAUGGCUACGCGUGGUCCGUCUCCAACGCCCAGAAACAUCUUCUUGAAACCCCACUCGGUCGAGGUACGGUCGGGCUUUAUCAAGAGAUCAUCGCCGAGCUGGGGAAAUCCAUCGAGGCCGUCCGGCCACAAACCCCGCAGGGGACUCCAAGGAGCAGUGAAGCGUCGUCGGCCUGUCUGAACCGCACAUUACUGCCCCACCCAGAGAGCUUUACUGAGGUGAUUCAAAGAUUAGAGGUGGAGAAUGAAAGGCUCGUUGGGCAGGUCGAGCAGUAUCGGGAGCAGUCCGAAUCCCUUUUGCGCAAAGAGCAGGAUUGGCAUGCAAAGAUUGCUACCUUACAAGCCGAGGUCGUGUCGUAUCAGCAGGUGAUUCAGACACUCGAAGAAGACGUCUCGAAUUCCCGGACCAGCAUUCUGGACGCGAUAGAAGUCCUCAAAAGCAAUCAGAAUCUGUUGGAAAAGAAGUAG